GCAGUUUGGUGUGUCUCACCAUGAGUUCAGACGCAGCUUUGUUGUUAGAGACUGUACAUUUUGCCGCAGAGAAACAUCGCAACCAACGACGUAAAGAUGCAGAACAAACGCCGUACAUUAAUCACCCGAUUGGUAGGAGUAGCCAGAAUCCUCAGCCAUGAAGGAGGCGUCACAGACAUCGAGGUUUUGCAGGCCGCUUUGCUUCAUGACACGGUGGAGGACACGGACACCUCUCCCGCAGAGCUUGAAGCAAAGUUCGGACCGAUUGUGGCUCGUAUCGUACAGGAGGUGACAGACGAUAAAAGCCUGCCCAAACAGGAGAGGAAGCGCCAGCAGGUGGAACACGCAGCUCAUUGCAGCCGUCAAGCCAAACUGGUCAAACUGGCUGAUAAACUGUACAACCUGAGGGACCUGAACCGCUGCACACCUGUCGGUUGGACAGCCGAAAGAGUCCAGGAAUAUUUUGUUUGGGCCUGCGAGGUGGUGAAAGGCCUGAGAGGCACCAACUCAACUCUGGAGGAGAAGCUGGAGGUGCUGUUCAGACAGAGAGGAGUCCAGCUCUGACAACUUAGCCGCAUACAGACUAUUCAUUAAUAAAUUAUAUCAAUAAAUUGUACUUCAUAUA